AUGAGCGAAGGUCAGACAAAGCGAGACACUAAGAGUAAGGAUGGUGAUUCCAGAUGUCCUCAUGGAUUUGACUUUGUUAAGAGUUGGGAGUCGUGUUACAUGCUAUCGAACUUUAAUGCGACUUGGUACGAGGCCCGCGACUACUGUGCCGCCCUGGAAAGUGAACUCGUUGGCCUCAAAAAUGAAAAGGAGCACAACCUGCUGGCGUUUAUCAUCAAAAACUCUCCAGUGUACCAAAAGGUGGAUGGAUGGUGGAUGAGUGGAACAUUCCAUGACACUACUCGUCAGUGGAUGUGGAAAUCAGAAACGCUGAUGCAGCCAUUCACGUUUAUAAAAUGGGCCCCUAAUGAGCCUAACGAGGAGUCGCUACAGUGUGUGUUCAUGGCACGAAACUCCAACCAUCUUUGGCAGGACGCCAUGUGUACAGAAGCCAGGAACUUCAUAUGCGAGAUCCCUAGACGUAAAACCAUGUGA